AUACUACGCAGGGAGGCUCUGGCUCUGGGUACGACGGACACAACUCGUGCGCCUGAUAGUAGAGUCAAACAUCACAGAGCCACACAUAUACAUACACGUAUACAUACACAUGCUUCUCUUUCACAAAAUCCUCUGUUCUCUUCAACCAAACUCACAAUCAAUCCCUGCAAUUAGACCAGAAUUCACCCUAAUAUGAAAUCCCCCAAAAAGUUUUGAAUGGGAACCCUAACCCUAACCCUAGAUGCAUUACCGAUUACUCGCCGAGAUCGUUGAAAAUUCCGGUUGAUUUUUGUCUUUUUCGUGAAUUGCCGAUUAUAUCCCUUGUUUUCCGGUUGGGUCCUGUGUUUGUUUUUCGUGAUGAUUGAAUCAAGGGGCCGGCGGAGUUAUCUGUGCUUCAUGUGAUUUUCUAUAUUCUCGUGCUUUUUGCAUUUCAGCUUUUUUGAUAGUUUUGAAAUAGAGCAUUGCCCUUAAGCCUACUGUAGAGGAGCGUGAGGGAAAAUAAUGCACUAUCAAGUGAGCUUAAGAUCGCAGAAAUAGGAAUUAUUCUAUGCACUUGCAAUAAUCUGUGGUAUAAUAGGUACUGUAUCAGAUAUUUGUGCCGAGAGAGGGAGAGAGAAGAAGAGAGAAAUGGAUAGCUCUGAAACGGGAGGAGGAAUGGCUGAUUGUAGUGUGGGGAGUAUAGUUUGGGUUCGAAGACGUAAUGGAUCUUGGUGGCCGGGAAAGAUACUUGGACCUGAUGAGCUUUCAUCUUCUCUCAUUACGUCUCCCCGUUCUGGAACUCCUGUCAAACUUCUUGGGAGGGAAGAUGCUAGUGUGGAUUGGUACAAUUUGGAGAAGUCAAAACGUGUAAAGGCAUUCAGAUGUGGUGAGUUUGAUGACUGUAUAGAAAAGGCUGAAGCUGCUCAGGGAAUGCCACCCAAGAAAAGAGAGAAAUAUGCACGCCGCGAAGAUGCUAUAAUGCAUGCACUUGAACUCGAGAGGCAAUUAUUGGAGAAGAAAUAUGGGAAAUUGGGAAAUUCUUCUAAUGGUAGGAGCAGAAGUUCACCAGAUGCUGUUACUUCUUCGAUAUACUUGGGGAAUGGAAGUGGAAACCAAAAUGAUUCCAGAUUGGAUCAGCUAUCGCAGAAGGUAGGUUCGUCUCUUCCUGAGAAGAAUAGAACAAAUCAGAAUAUGUAUGUGAAGAUGGUUAAGGAGGAAACCCAACUCAGUGGGGAAGAUGAUAGUGCUGGUGCGCUACCUCGAAUGAGAGGCUUGCAGGACUUUGGACUCCGUACUGCGACACCACGAGAGGAGCUCUCAGGAGUUGCAUUUCGCGCUAAAAGGAGUAGAAAUGCUUAUCUGCCAUAUGAUUCUGUGGAAUAUUUAAUUGAUGACCAAACUUUGUCCUCCCAGUUAGAGAUACCAGUGUCUAAAAUUGAAGAAAGCAGCUACCAAGCUGACAUGGGUGAAAACCACAGUUCAGGAUCUACAGAAGAUACUGAAACGGAUUGUUCUGACACGGAUUCACUAGAAUCAGACUCAAAUGACGAGAUGACUGCACUCUCUGGUGUGAUUUCUGCUUUCUUUUCUCUUUUUCAGUCAGCAACAUUGUCUAAUCACUGUGAUGGUUCAGCCUCUAUAGAAUUGCAACCUAAAUACCCGAGAAGAAUCGAAGCACCAGAAGAACAUGCAAGCAUCAGCAGCAGUGACGACUUUGACGAGUUGGCAUUUGCCGACAAUUCCUCUCAUCCUUACCUGCAUGGCCAUGUAUCAACCAAAACCGGGGUUUCGAAAUGGCAGCACAAAGGAAAAAGAAAUAACCGCAACCUUGGGAACAGUAGCAGAGGAUACACGAACAGCAAGAGCUCCAACUGGAGCCCUAGUGUUCCCGAAUAUGCUGAUCGAAGUUUCAAGAGUAAUACAUCCAAAUAUGGGCCCAAAUCAUCUCACAGUCCUUACGAGUUUGUCGAUUUCGAGGGUAGCUUGGGUUGGAACAGUCGAUCUGCCAUGCGAGGGUAUUGGGACGAUUCGCGUGAUGAUUUUGUAGGCCGCUAUCGUUUUGGCUGUGGUGGGCCCACAUUGAUGGAUGUGGAUUUAAAGGUUCAGGCAAACAACUACCGUAGAGAUGUCCCGAUAAUCUCGUUGAUGAGCAAGUUGAACGGGCAUGCCAUUGUGGGCCACCCUAUCCAAAUCGAAGCACUUGAGAAUGGUCUGACCGAAACCUAUGUUUCGUCAACUGACUAUUUCGUCCCCAGCCCGACCCCACUGACUUCAAUGUGGAGGACGGGUCGUAGGACGGCGAAUUCCCGUGUUCCACGCCCGUUUUUGCCAUCAAUGCUUAAUGGUGAGGGGAAGGGGAGAGAGUUCGCGAACAAGGGCUCCAAUCAAAAGAUAAGGGCACUUUCGUCAUUUGCAUCAGGGAAGCAUCAGAGCGACUUGAGAGGUGGUGGUGGGUUGAUUAAGAAUGGGAAUACACACACGACGGUAGCGUGUAUACCUGUUAACUUGGUGUUUAGUCGUUUACAUGAAGAGUUGGUCGGUCGUCAUCACUGCCAAGGAUUGUUUUGGGAUGAUUGUGAGCUUUUGUAUACUUUAGGAGCAAAGUUGCUUUGGACUGGUGAAAAAUGUUUUUUAAUUGUAAAAUAUGUACUUGAUACUUCAGGAACUGGCUUUAAGCACCUGGAAAGCCCCAGUGAGGGGCUUCGAGCUCAAGCUAGUAUAUGUGUCAAGAAGCAGCUCUCGACUCGAUUGCCGGUGGAUAUGGCCGACUUUCAAUCGGAAAAUCCGCCAUCUGCUCCGCCUCCACCGGAACUUGACUCGAACUCUAAUCCGAAAACUCCUGUUCGAAACAGUAGAGAUGAAGCGUGUGCCGAUAUGGAUACGGAGAGUUUUCCGAGUUCCAACGGCCUUUCCGCCGGAAAAAUGUCUAAUGUGAGAGUUGAGACCCUUAGAAUCUCUGGAAAUCACAGCUUUCGGCGGUCCCCGAGACUGGUUAACAAUGCCAAAGGCGAGAGCGCCGCGAAGGAGGUGAACUCCGCCAAAUUGAAUGGUUUCGUGGAGAAAUCUCCUCCGUCGAAGAAGCACAAGAGUGAGAAAAAGGUUUCGUUCUUCAUUGGAGAUCCUAUUCUCGAGGACGAAGCUCGGAGACGUUGGCCCUGGCGGUAUGCGAAAAAUAAGGGUCUACAAAAUAAUGGAUUACGGUCGAAAACAAAGAUUGAAGAUGACGAUGGUGAUGAGGAGCUUGUUUUGGACAUUAAAUGUCACUAUUCUCAAGCUGAAAUAUUGAAGACCGUAUUCAAUCUUGGUGAUUGUGCGUAUGUCAAAGGUCCAAAAGGAGGAUCUGAUUAUGUUGGCAAAAUUUUAGAGUUUUUCGAGACUAUGGACGGUGAAGACUAUUUUAGGGUUCAGUGGUUUUUCAGAGCUGAAGAUACGGUAAUAAAGGACGACGGGAUAUCUCAUGACAAGAAACGAUUAUUCUAUUCUACUUUAAUGAACGAUAACUUAUUGGACUGCAUUGUUUCAAAAGUUGAAGUUGUUCAAAUACCUUCAAACGUUAAUUUGAAAGCACAACCCAUCCCUCCCUGUGACUUCUACUUUGAUAUGCAAUACUCUGUGGAUUACUCGACAUUUAGUACCAUUGUUAAAGAUACUAGUAGUUUGUCUCCUCUUCCUUAUCCGCUAAUGACAUCGACCAAAAAAGAAAAUGGAACCUGUAAAAAUAUCCACCAAUGCACUACAGAUGAAACAAACAGUAACAAAUUAUGUAACCCUGAGCUAGCAUUACUGGACUUGUACUCUGGUUGUGGUGGAAUGUCCACAGGGUUGUGCAUUGGCAGUAAAGCCAGCGGUAUAAAUCUUGUGACGAGAUGGGCUGUUGAUCUCGAUGAAGCAGCAUGUCAGAGCUUGAAGCUAAACCACCCUGAAACACAUAUUAGAUGUGGAUAUGCAGAGGAUUUCCUUCAUUUGCUGAAGGAAUGGGACUCACUGUGUAAAAGGUAUGGCAGCCACGAAGAGAAAGACCUCAGGUGUAGGACUAACAGAGGUGCCAGUGAAAACAAAGAAACAAAAGAGAAUCACAAAAGAUCUUCUGAAUACGCCGUGGAAAAGCUAGUAGACAUCUGCUAUGGCGAUCCAACUGGUAACAGCAAAAGGGGGCUUAAGUUUAAGGUGAUCUUUUCACUUAUAGUGAUGUACAACAAAAAAUUUCUUCUAUUUGUCCCUAGCAAAUGCCAUGAGCGGAUACAGGACUUUGUGCUGAAAGGAAUGAAAGCAAGGAUACUGCCGCGCCCAGGAGAUGUUGCUGUGAUUUGUGGUGGUCCACCUUGCCAAGGAAUUAGUGGUUACAACCGAUUCAGAAAUGCUGAUUGUCCUCUUGACGAUGAAAGAAAUCGACAAAUUGUAAUUUUCAUGGAUAUUAUCGACUUCUUAAGGCCAAAGUUUGUCCUGAUGGAAAAUGUAAUUGAUAUCUUGAGGUUUGCUAACGGCUGUUUAGGAAGAUAUGCUAUAAGCCAAUUGGUUCGCAUGCAUUACCAAGCAAGGCUUGGAAUUAUGGCUGCUGGUUGCUACGGACUUCCUCAAUUUCGAUUACGUGUUUUCUUAUGGGGUGCUCAUCCACAUGAGGCAAGUAUCCUCAUUAAUUGUUUUGGAAAUCUCGUACUACCACAGUUUCCACUUCCAACACAUGAUGUUGUAAUCAAAUAUGGAUAUCCUAGUGACUUUGAGCGUAAUGUUGUUGCUUACGAUGAAGGACAACCUCGGGACUUGGAAAAACUUGUUGUUCUUGGUGAUGCUAUAUCUGAUCUUCCUCCUGUUGCAAAUGAUGAGAAUCGGGAAAAGAUAUCGUACAAAAAUAAACCUCAAACUGAGUUCCAAAAGUAUAUCAGAGCAGCUAAAUGUGAUAUGAUGGGUUCACCUUCUUGCAACACAAGUACAGGCAAGAAUCCUGUUUUGUAUGAUCAUCUGCCGUAUCCUCUUAAUGAAGAUGACUACAUGCGUGUCUGUAGGAUUCCAAAAAGAAAGGGUGCAAAUUAUAGAGACCUACCAGGCAUUGUUAUUGGAUCGAACAAUGUAGUUACACGAGCAAGGGAGCCCGAAUUGAUGCCAUCUGGAAAGCACUGGGUGCCCGAUUAUGCCAUCAAUUUCCGCGGUGGAACUUCCAAAGCAGCAUUUGGACGGUUGUGGUGGGACGAGACUGUGCCAACUGUCCUAUGUUAUCCGGAUCCCCAUUCGCGGGCAAUUAUACACCCUGAACAAGACAGGCUCCUCACAUUAAGGGAAUGUGCAAGGCUGCAAGGCUUUCAUGACCACUAUAAGUUCUGUGGAACGUUGAAAGAAAGGCAAGUACCGUCAAGUAGGGAAUGCAGUGGCUGUUUCAGUGGGACGUGCACUUGGGUACUCACUGGGCAUGGCGGUGCAGAAGCUGAGUGGGGAUGGACACCUCAUGACACUCCCGCCAAAGUUCUCUCACUCUACAACUCUUGAGCUGCUAUCUUCUCUUUAGAAAUGAUAAGCAGUAAUAUGAUUCUUUUCCUUCUACUAUAUAUUAUUUGAUUUGAUUUGAUCAUUGGGAGAUGAUGUUUCUCUCCAGAUUCGGAUUGUCAUUCGAUUAUAAAAACAUGAUGUAACUCAUUCAUAAUUCGGAUUGUCAUUCAAUCAUAAAAACAUGAUGUAACCCAUUCAUCUUAUGAUUUGAUCACUUUAUGAAUCAAAGUGGUAAUCCAUUCACCAGCUUGGUUUUCAGUUUCAAUCUAUAAAUUCGCUUUCUUUU